AGAUCCUGCGUUCCUGGGGGCGCAGGGAAGUCUUUUUGCCCUUCAUGGCGCGGCCAGGGAAGGGCUUUCUAGCCCCAGCAGGUGUGGUGCUGAUUGCUGCAGCAGCUGCAUACCACAUAGCGCGCCUCAGCCCCGCCUUUGUGGCGCCGCCGCUGCUGUCGGAGACGGGCCGAGGAGCCGCGCUCCGGGGCGCCAGCAACUUGCCGAAAGCCAGGGGCGAGAAUCGCGCAGGAAGCCUUGCUUUGGGCGUGUCUGCCGCGGUUCUCCUCAUUAAGGCUGCAAGCUUCAGGAGGGCACUCCGAAGUCAGAGGACUGUGCUUCAGGCAGAGAAAACCCCGCUUGAGGCCCUCGCGGUGGGUGAGAAAGAGUUCACAGGCAAAGUUGUCCGAGAUGCGAAGAUCGGUGUCUACGUUGACAUUGGUGCAGAGAAGGAUGCCUUGCUGCCGCGGAACAUGGUCCCGAAAGAUAAGAAGUACGAGGAGGGCGAGACAAUUGAGAAGCUUAAGAUCUUUGAGCUUCAAACUGGCGACACUCCUUCAACCAGAAAGAUCAGGGUGACGCUGGGUGAUCUGCCCACCAGCAGGGCAGAGGGCGACAAGGUGACCGGCACGGUGCGGUCCGCCGUGGCCUUCGGCGUCUUCGUGGACAUCGGCAUGGCGCGGGACGCCUUGGCGCCCUCGCGGUUUUUGCCCGAGAACCCCAUGGCCUACAAGCAGGGCCAGGAGCUGGAGCUCGAAGUGAUCAGCAUCGAGGGUGACAAAGUGGUGGUGGGCGUUCCCGGGGUAUCCCAAGACACCAAGCCCACAGCCUCUGUGACCCUGGGCCAACAAGUCACAGGCACUGUGUCCAACGCCAACGAGCAGUACGGCGUGUUCUUCAACAUCGGGCUUCAGCGAGAUGCGCUUUGCUUGAAGAAUCAGCUCGACAAGGACAUCUCCGAGUACAAGGAGGGGGACAAGGUGGAAGGGCUGCGGGUGGCCAAGAUUGACGGGGACAAGAUCGAGGUGACGCCCCGGCCCCUGGCGUCAGAGGCGAAAGUCGGGCAGACUCUGGACGGCACGGUGGUCAACAUUGUCAAGAACGGCAUCUUCUUCGACGCCGGGCUAAGCUCCGAUGUCCUGGCGCCUGUGGCGCUGCUCAGAUCCGGCAUCUCAGAGUACAGCCGCGGACAGGUGGCCGACCUGGUCGUGACGCAAGUCCAGAACGACAAGGUCAUCGUCUCCGACAGGGACCUGAAGGAUGUCCCCACCUCCUUGGAGAACUUGAACCGUGGCCAAGAGGUCACCGGCAAGGUGAGGAAGGUGGAGCCUAUGAUGGGGAUCUUCAUGGACAUCGGGGCCAGUAAGGACGCCUUGCUGCGUACCAAGGGCAUUGGCGCCAGGGUGCUCCCCAAGCCCAUCGAGGAGUACAAAGUGGGCGAGGAGGUGCCAAACCUGAUCAUCCUGCGUGCGGAUGCAGCAUCGCAGACUUUGGAGGUGGUCAUGCCCGAUGCUCCAUUGGUGGAGACUAGCUUGAGUAUGGAGGACUUGACUGUGGGUCAGGAGGUGGAGGGCACGGUGUCCGGGACCAUGGCCUUCGGUGUGUUCGUUGACAUCGGCGCAGAGAGGGACGCGCUCUAUGCGCUCAGUCAGCUGGAGAACCCCUUGGAGUCGUACAAGUCGGGCCAGAAGUUGACAGGCCUGCGUGUGAGCGAGGUGGACGCCGUGAGGCAGCGCCUGGCAGUGACCAUGCGCCCCACGGCGGGCAACUUGAAAGACAAAGAGGGCACCCAGGUGAAGGGCCAGGUGCUCAAGGUCAUGCCCUUCGGCGUCUUCUUCAACAUCGGUGCGUCUGCGGAUGCGCUGGCUCCCACUAGCCUGCUCAAUUCAGAUCUUGGAAGCUACAAAGUGGGCGAGGAGAUUGAGCUGACGAUCAGCAAGGUGGACGUUGAGGGCAACCGAGUUACUGUGUCAGAGAAGGGCGCAGGGGAAGGUGCUGGUGCCACCACGACCAUCGCAGAGCUGGAGGUAGGCUCCAAAGUGAAGGGAGUUGUGCGAGCAGUGCGGGACUACGGCGUUUUCGUGGACAUCAAUCUGGGGCGCACGGACGCCUUGAUGCCAAACUCCAUGCUGGGCGAUGUGACCUCGGCGGCUUUCCAGCCGAACCAGGAGAUCGAGGUCUGGAUCGCACGAACGGAUGCAGCCGCCAACCGCGUCACUGUGAGUUACGUCGAGCCCACUGCCGACAUGCGUGCGCAACGUGGCGCGAGGAAGGCUGGGGCCAAGUCGACAAAAGAGAGCUACAUCCCGGAAGGCUUCAUGAUCCCAGAUCCCAAGCGCCACGUGGAGAUGCUGAUGGGCCGGGAGGAGCUGAUUGACCCUGAGCCGACACCAUGGUACGAGUGGGAGAAGAAGUACCCGGGCUUCGUGAAGUUUCAAGAGAAGGACCAAGUGAUCGUCAUCUCCGGGGCUGCCCAUGGCUUCUACGGCUUCAAGGAGCUCGUCCACUCAGAGCAGGUCCACAUCAACAUCCCCAAGCACUUGCAGAAGCCUGAUGCCAAGCAGCCCACAAAGGAGGAGCUGGAGAUUCCGCUGGAGGCCAUGCCCAUGCCCAACUACGACAGCGGCAUCAAGCCGGAGAUCCACACCAAGUAUCGCCAGCCGCCCAUGAACGAUCCGGAGUGGCGGUGGCACGACUACAUGGGGCCGAUCAAGCCCAUGAAGUGGUCUUUGGUGGUGGACCAAGCUGGCCCCUUCGUGCCGGAAGAGAAGCCAGGGAAGAAGAAGGUUGCGGCCAGUGAGGAGGGCGGCGAUGAGAGCUAGGCCGAAACAGCCUUUGUGGGAGCAUGAGCGAUGAGCGCAACUGGAGCAAUGGGGUAUCUUUGUUUGAG